AUGGCGUCAUCUCAAGAAAUCAUUCUCGUCACUGGCGUCACCCGCGGCAUCGGCGCCCAAGUCCUCGCGCAGCUCCUGGCCCGCUCAAACACCAAAGUCAUUGCCGCGGUUCGGGAUCUCGACGCAGCGGCGGCCAAGAAACUGAUUGAGCAGAGCCAGACGACGCACAAGGAAAACCUCGUCGUGGUCAAGAUUGACAGCGAGAGCGACACGGACGCCGCCGACGCCGCGCAGGCGCUGCAGCAGCAGCACGGCAUCGACCACGUCGACGUCGUGAUUGCCAACGCGGGCCUCGCGACCGACUGGCUGCCGGUCAAGCAGGUCACGGCCGAGCAUAUCAUGCGCUCGUCGCGCGUCAAUUUCGCGGCGCCGAUUCUCCUGUUUCAGGCCUUUGAGCCGCUCUUGGUCAAGAGCGCCAACCCGCGCAUCUUGUUUAUCAGUACGGGAGCGGCUUCAUUCGGUUUGGCUCAUAUUAUCCAACUCUACAAUACUACUUACGGCAGCAGCAAGGCGGCGCUUAACUACACGGUCGUCCGCAUCGCCAAGGAGCACCCUGAAAUCACGGCCGUCUCCCUGCACCCAGGCACCGUCGUCUCGGACAUGUCGACCGCGGCCCACGACUCCAUCGGCAUCAAGGUGACCGACCGGCUCGCCAAGGGCGAAGCCAUCACCGCCGAAGAGAGUGCCCGGGGCAUCAUCAAGAUCGCGGAUGAGGCCAAGAGGGAUACGCAUUCGGGAAAGUUCUUGGACGCUGUUUCGGGCUCGGAACUGCCCUGGUAA